AUCGAACUUUUUGGGUCCCGAUCUCCAGGGACCCGACUAUAAAAGGCGAAUGUUGCCUAUUCCGUGGUCUGUGUUUAUGCAAAGAAUUCUGAAGGCGGGCGAAGGCCAUAUUUUUAUCGUCUAAGACUUGGUGAGGUCAGUUUUAUCAGUUAAUAUUAUCUUCGAGGAGCUAAGGACUUGUGGUUGCUGAACUUUGUAUUAGGAGAUGGCAGAGGAGGGUCACAAAGUUGUCUUAAAUGUGUAUGACCUCAGCCAAGGAUUGGCACGUCAGCUUUCCACAACUUUUUUGGGUAAAGCUAUUGAAGGCAUUUGGCACACAGGAGUGGUGGUAUAUGGUAAUGAAUACUUCUUUGGGGGAGGCAUACAGCAUGAGCCUGCUGGAAGAACUCCAUAUGGAACACCAAUUAAAGUGGUAGAUUUGGGCAUCACACAUGUACCACAAGAUGUAUUUGAAUUGUAUUUACAGGAAAUUAGCCCCCGCUAUACAGCUGAAACAUACAGUCUGCUUACUCACAACUGCAACAACUUCAGCAAUGAGGUUGCCCAAUUUUUGGUGGGUGCAACCAUUCCAGAAUAUAUUCUUCAGCUCCCAAAUGAAGUUUUGAGCAGUCCAAUGGGUGCUCUUAUCAUGCCUAUGAUACAAAAUCUGGAGACGACACUGAGAGUAGGAGCCGUCCCCCAAGUUCCACAGUUCAGGCCUCAGCCUUCGCCAGCUGCAGCAAAUGCUAAACAAUUCUCAGUCAACGGUCCUACUCAAUCCACAAACGCCACUGUCAGAGCGGUCAAUGAAGAAGUGAAAUCUGAAGAUACCAAGUCUGAGGAGCCAACAGCGCCAGAGAAGUCAGUACCUCCUGUUGUGAAACCUUCAGUCGUAGUAGAGGAGCAGUCGGUCAAUGGGGUGGCAGACCCGCUUGGGAAUGCUCGGAGCAAGGUGCAGGAUGAGAUCGGUCGAGAAUUUGCUGCAAUCAUGGCUACCGGCACACUGCGUGCAAGUGAAGCCGCAGCUCUUGCAACUAGGAGAGUGAUGCAAAGAUAUGGGAAUUUGAAUGUUGCAGUAAACCAGAGUUAAAAAUUAAGAUACUCGUGAACUUUCAAUGUUCUGCAAGUCUGGAAAUUGUGGGAUCCACUUCACAUUGGGGCCGUUAUAAGACACUAAACUAUAGUGGCAUAUUUCCUUGUACUAAGCAUUGGAAUAGUAAAAUGCAUUCUUGUGGUCGAUAAGCUUCUUUCCAUGGCUUGUGAUAGCUUCCGAAUCUGUUCUUCUUGCAGAUUGCCUGAGGUGUACAAGUGAAGUGAUAGAAGAUAUGAGUGCAUUUGUGGAUUUGUGAUCAAUUGAUUUAUA